AUGGCAACUCACCCCAAGUAUGUGUCACAGUCUCCUUUAAGUGUCAAUAAGCAAAUCGCUCAGAAUAUGAUGUUUCAAAAAGUAACUAUUAAUCACGCAGUGCCUAUUACACAAAAGUCAGCCUCUGCUCUCCCAGUCGGUUGGAAGCGCGAGGAGAUCCUGAGACCGGAUGGGUUAAAUAGCGGGAAAACUGUCGUUUUUUAUGUGUCUCCCAAUGGAAUGAAAAUCCAGACGCAAAAGGAGCUGCAAAAUGCACUUGGAGACAAGUUUGAUAUUUCAUCAUUUGAUUGGCGUACCGGAAAGUUUUCAAGCUCAUUACUGAAACAUAGAAUCCCAAACUCCGGUGACCAAAACAGUGUCAAAAGUAGCUUUUUCCGUUCAAUUACUUCUUCAGAGUGCAAGACAGAAGAUGUAGAGUACGAUUGGUUUCAGCGAAAUACAACUCCGAACUUCCCGGAACCCGUCAUUGUCUUGAAUCAUAACGAUAGCAAUCGGUCCGACAAGUCGCCGGUAAAGGAAUCAUUAAAACAGUUAUUCUCGGAGCGUCGGUUGUCCGAUCGUUAUGCCGUUGAUCAUCGUGAUGGGAAAACGCUUAUUCGUUCCACCCUACCACCAGGAAUCGAAUCCGCUGGCGUACCCGGAUAUAACAAAAGUCAAUUAUUGCAGAAUCUGAUUGUUUCACUGUCUUCAAAACAUGGACCUAUAACUGGCCAGGAAAGAACAGUUGAGCAGAAUCCUUGCGCUAUGCUAAAUCAGAAUCAGCCAUAUGUGAAGAAUUUCGUCAUUACCGAUGAAGAUAUUCGUAAGCAAUAUCAACGCGUAAAGGAUAUCAGAGAUCGCUUGCAAGCCGCCAGAAAGGUGGCUUCAAACGGCCAUCAAGCCUAG